AUGCUUUCCAUCCCGCGAUGGGUGCGGCUUCCCCGUCCCAGGACUUUCCUGUAUGUCAUGACGUUACGUACUGGCACAGAGAUGAUUUCGUUGUCUAUGAUAUUCAAUAAAGUUACUGGUUUCUACGGCCUUCUUGCAGUCCUUGCCGGCUUGAAGUUAUCACCCUUACAACUUUCUAUGUACAUCUAUUCCGUUGCUGCUCUCGCCCUUAUUGCGUUCCUCAUGCCUCAUAUCCGCAAACAAACACCCUUUCAAUGUUUAGCCCUCGCAUGGUUUUACUUAUUCGAUACGAUUAUCAACACAGCCUUUACCACCGCGUUCGCAGUGACAUGGCUCUUAGCCAUAAGCGCAGAUCAAUCUAACAAAGGAAUACCAAGCGCCGCUCCAGGAAGUAGCACAAUCGACGAGACUGCAGGCUUUACCAGCCCAAAAUUUAACGUCAGUGCGGUGAACGUUAUUGCCUCGCCAGCAUCGGGUGCUGGACAAGAUGCGGUUGCAUACGGAACUGCCGCUGGGGCAACCCUUGAGCAAAGUGUUGGAAUCGAGGAAAGCGUUCCUAGUAUCAUCGUCGUCGGAAUUUUGACAUUGAUCCGAAUCUACUUUAUUUUGGUAAUUAUGGCAUACGCACGACAAGUCUUAAGACAGAACAUGUACUCUGCCUCUUCAACGAAAUUACAUCUUAACACCGAUGGUAGCACAGACGCACGUGCCGAAAACCCUUUUGCGAUAGGCUCACCCCAAGGACAAGGUUGGAAAGGCAAACUUGGUAGACUUAUGGUGAAAGUCGGAGAAGGAUAUUGGCUUGGUGGUCAAGUUGACGAAGCUUGGGUUAAAGGUUUGGAUGGACGAUUCAAGACCCAAAGAACAUUCAAUGGACCUCCAGGUACUAUUGAAAGAGAACGAAGGGCGAGAAGUGGAACAGGACCACCGGUUCCUGCUAAGGGGCUCGGCAUUGGAAAAUUCACGUAUGGCGUUCUUUGGGUAUUUAUGAUAGGGGGAUCGUUGCAAGUAGUCGAACUUCUUUUGGUGGAUUCUCGAAUUGCUCAUGGCCAUGGAAUAGGAAAUCAUUGGCGAUGGCAAGUAUUAUAUAAUGAUUUAGGAAUUAAUGCCAACUGGUAG